AUGGCGACGACAACCUUUCAAAAUGCUUGGCAGUCUGCAGACCAAGCUGAAAAGGAACUUUUAACGACACUCGCAGAAAAGGAGCCGACCUUUGCAGAAAUCGCGCAUUACCUUGACGAGUUUCGCGAAGCUUGCCAAAAUGCUAUCUUUCUCGACUUUGAUGCUGCUGCUUCAAAGAAUGCAGAGGCCCGGUUAUGGGACGCACACGUGAAAAUAAACUCUCGCUUUCGCAAGCUUCUGGCUCGCUUCCGUGAGGAGGCUGGCAAAAAGAGACCAGUCGAAAAACGAAAGUUGGAAAAGCAUUAUCUCAGUUUCAUCAAACUGAGUCAAAAGUUCUACAGAGGCUACAUCCAGCAUCUAUCCUCGCAUUUUGGGGGCAUUCCUGAACUAGAACAAGUAGCCAAAAAAUUUAAACUCGAAAACCUAUCAAUUGAACCACCUAUUCAGCCCAACCCCGGCCUUCGCGAACGAAUACUGCUCUCAUGCCAUGCAACUCUGAUUCGCCUCGGUGAUCUCUCCCGCUACCGUGAAACAGAUAUUUCUUCGACAAAACCGCGCAAUUGGGGCCCCGCAACUGGUUAUUAUGACCUUGCAAGUGUCAUCCAUCCAGCUUCGGGGGCUUCCCACAAUCAGCUGGCUGUUAUUGCAUUGGCGGAGGGGAACCAUCUCCGAGCGACUUAUCAUUUAUAUCGAGCACUGUCUGCGCAAGAACCUCACCCAACUUCGAGAUCGAACCUGGAAAUUGAGUUUAGAAAAGUUCUAAGUGCCUGGGCUAAAAAAGAACUGAUUCCCCGAGAGGAUGCAGGUGUUCCCGGGAAGGCCUUGACUCCAUGGUUUGUUUAUCUUCAUGCCCAGUGCUACAAAGGGCAGGAUUUCAUAGAGCAUGACGAGCUUGAGAAUGAAGUUCUUAGCCAGUUGACUGUCGACCUUAAAGAAAAGCCUCUCGAAGGUACUCUUCAGAAAUUCGUCCUCAUCAACAUUGCUGCGGAAGACUGCGCUAAAGUACGAUCGAUUAACGAGCCGACUCAUAACGCAGAGCUUUUCUUCCAGAGGCUCAAUGUGAAGACUUUUUUCACGCUUCUUCAGAUUCUUCUAGGUGAACUCGAACGCUUUGCGAGUGAGGACUCGGAGUCCAAGGAGUCUAACAGAGGCCCCGAAAAGGUUACCGUAGUCGCACGCCGUGUCCUACCUGCUCUUCGAAAUUAUAGCUCAUGGCUACUUGCCAAUUGUAGUUCUUUGACAGUCCGAAAUCAAGAUAAAGACAGUGCUUUAUCUGUGCAAAUCAAGGAAUUCUGGAAAAUAUAUGCAAACACCUUGUCAUUACUUGCUUCAACAUUCGAUGUGACUAGCCUGCCAGAGGUCGACUACCUGCUCGAAGAAGAUGAAGACACACUCGGAUUCAAGCCACUUAUUAACGAAGCGACAACUCGCCGUUAUUUACUAGAAUCUUCUGUUAAAACAAAACUAAGGACCAUCGAUCCUGGCUUUGAGAGAAAUCAUCCAAAUCUUGAAAUGCUCUAUCGAAUCCGUGAAUUUGUCAUUGAUGGUCUUGAUUUGGUCGUUAGUAAUCGGAUUCCUGUUUCUCUAGUCGAUGAGAAUGAACGAAAAAUGUUUAUAUAUAAUGAAGAAGGCCUUCCGUCCCAGUUCUACGCGAGCCCACAGGCUCAUCAGCAUACAAUGUCAUCAACAAGUAUUCAAAGGGAAGAGAUACACAGUGCUCAGCAAUCUAAGAAUAUGACUGAUACGAGGAGUCUUUACGAUGGCUCUCAGUCGGCUUCGCUAUCCAAUAUGACCCACAUAAUUGCAAAUGUUGAGAAGUUGGUCGACGAACCUCCGCCAGCGCCGCAAUUUCUCCAGCCACCUUAUGAUCAACAAUCAAACUCGGCUGGCGCUAACUUGCAAAAUACUGCCUAUGAGAAUCACCCACUUCAAGCACAUAUGGCUCCACCUGGCUUCGGCCUACCAAUCUCUGCCAAUAUAUCCUCAUCAUACUCCCCUAUUUUCACGGGUCAAAGUAUCUGGAGUCCACAUUUUGGGUCUGGCCCAGAGGGACAUGUUUCUCCUGCCAAUGAACCAACCCCUAGCCUUAUCUCUAUGCAGAAUGAUCUAAUGCAGCAGGGAAGGCGUAUUCAAGAGCAGUCAUCGCCCUGGGUUUCUUCGAAUAUAUCCAGUUACCCUUCAUCCCGUUUGUCACAGCACCAUUUCCAACAAACACCCAGUAGCUCUGGUUUUCCUUCCUCGCACAACAAUGCCUUUAUUGCCUCCAGCAGUAUCCAGCCAUCUUCUAUGCCUAGCGACUACAGAAAUAACCAGGAAUAUGCAGCCCGCUUCGGUCCAAUAGAGCAAAAUACUCCGCCAUGUGGACAAGCCGGUUGA